GUGUAACCUCCACUAGGGGAUGUUUGACCAACUUCCUAACUACCUUUCUACCAAAACUAUUGUGGUGUGAAUUUAGAUGAACUUUUGGACGGGAAGCAAAGAGCCAACUUGCCAUACCCCAAGGACGUGUAUGAGCAGCUGGGGGCUGCUGGGGGUCCUGGCAGCUCCACUGGGGUCUGCAUGUGGCACCGGGCACUUCUGCAGCACAGUGAAGGUUGAAGCAGCUUGGAGGAUGGUGACGUGGGGAGCCCUGAAGCCAGACAGGCUCAGGAGUGCAGUGUGUCCUUUCUCCCGGCAGGCUGUGUGUCCUCAGGCAGCCUCUGACCCAAGUGGAGGGGCAGCACUACUUGGUCCAUUCUGAAAAGGCUGUCGUUGUCUCCUGCUGUGCUGCUCACUGGCACGCUCAUUUCCAGCCUUACACCUAAUGACCUUUGAGGAAGGCUGUGAUGCCAGUCCUGCUGGCCCUUCCAGGCUGAGCAGCUGCUGAAGUGUUCCAUGCUUUGUUCUGAAGGCCAGGAAGACCUCUCUGUGCUGUGCUGCCCCUGGAACCCAAAGCCCUGGGACCCAUGCUGCAAGUUAAGGCCCAGCACGGCUCUGUGCAAGAUAUGAGGUGCUGAGGGAUGGACAGAGGUACUGUGGGUAAUUGGAGUAUUUAGCUUCUGAUUGCCCUGUGCUUUCUUCUCAUGUCUGUGCAGGUAGUGACUUGCAGCACACCAUCCUCCCAUGCUCCAGCUCCACAUCCCAGCCCAGCUGCAGACACCUGGCUCUCCUCCCCCGCGCACCGAGCUCGCUGCUGACUCACCUGCGCUGCUUUGCUGCAGAUGGCACCUCGUGGUCUUCCAGAUGCCACUGUUUCUCCCCACCCCACGCCUUCCAGCUUUGUGCUUAAGGACUUGUUCUUCUGGAAAGAACAACCUGCUCCUGCUCCCUCCUAUGUCUGACCACCAGGCGUUCUGCUGCCAGGGUUGGUAACCUCAGUGCCCUCCUGCCCUGACUUUGUUAGCGGGCAGCCUCCACCUUGGCUUUCUGUGUCCUCUGCCCGAAGGGUUUUGGGGAUGUUAUGAAUUGAUGCGUUGUUCAGAGCAGCCUAUUGGAAGGCAUUGCCACUGCCCAUUCUGACAGGAGAAGUGCUUCCUUUGUAGUGUUGGGCCAUGGAGAGCAACCUCGAUUUCCUACGUGCAAUUACUGUGAGCAGAGUUUCCUUGUGCCCUCUCCCAAGCUGCUGUCAUCCAUGCAUCCGUGCUGUGUGAUGGCUGGGAGCGCAGGCUGCUCUGCUCCUGGGGGCUCUCUUCACCCUGAUGGUUCCAGCUCCUUUGGGUCCAUUGGUGUGAGCAGCUGUUUGGGCACCUCACGGUGGACAGUGCUGGUGGCUGCUGAUUCCCAGCCCGGUUUGAUGAGGAUGUGACUUUGCUCCCUUUGUAUAAGGUGAAUUUAGGAGCAUUUGCUGAUUUCCUUCUGCAGGAGCCGAAUGUGUGCCAGCAAGCACAGCGCUGUCUGUCCCCAACAACCCCAGGCUUCAGCGAAUCACAGCGCUUUGCCUGCAAGCCUACAGCUGUCUGUGUGCUGGCAUCUGUCCUUGUGGGGUGGAGGUCGGAUGGGGGGACAGGGUGCAGCAAGGUGAGAGCGGUGAUAACCAUCUCUCUUCUCUUUGCAGGUUUCUUCCCUGCAGGUGAGGGCUCAGUCCUGCCCUGCAGUGCUCAGCCCCGGUCCCACUCUGGGCAGCAGUGCCCAGGGUGCUGGGCUCCCUCUGAGGAGGGAAAUGGGGUGGUUAAAGCUUCCCUAAGGGCUGCAGGGGUCUCUGCUUUGACAGACUUUAACAGAGUCUCCCUGUGGAGUACUGAGCUGUUCUCCACGUACCGGAUUAAGGUUGGUUUGAUGUGUUUAAUGGCCACAACAGGCACGGAGCAUUCCUCAUCUGCCUGCAGCCCCUGCGACGCCGCGGGACGGCCGGGUAUUGUUGCUGCAGCUGGUGUUGUGAAUCAGGCCGACGGCAAGCGCUUCCUACUAUCCGGCUAUUUCACUACACCAGGGUUGCAUCAUACCACUUCCUUCACCCGCCUCCUGGAGCCUCCGUGCCUCUCCCGGAGCAUCUUGCUGCUGCGCCUGGCCUCUGAUUUGUGAGAGGCUCUGAUUUACGCUGUGUGGGACAAGUCGGUGUUUUCUGAUGGGAUAAUGAGGUUCUAAAAUAAAGCUGUGGCUUUGAGGCAUCAGUGUGGUGCUGUUUGUGUUGGUGGAAGCUGAUGCCCGUGUCAUAGGAAUGGGUGAGGUGGGACUGAGGACGGUGUGUGUGCAUGCACACAGUGCAUGGGGAGCAGGGCGAGUCCUCAGAGAGCAGGUUGAAAUGUUUGUGCAAGUGCAAAGGGCCACCAGAGGCAGUGGCUGGACAACCCAAAUUUUCCAUUAACUCGCAAAGUGAGCGGGCUGAAUUUGCAAUGGGCUGUGGUGUUGCCCUCAAAUUUUAUUACCUGCCCUGUUAGCUGUCUUCCAUGAUGUUAUCUGUUGCACAUUUAAGUGGAUGUGUGACAUUGAGCCCUGUGUGAAAGCCACCCAUCCCCCUGUUUGGGGCGGGGGUCUUCUCCACCCCAGGGCUUCCAGUUCCCCUGUCCUUUGGGUUCAGUUCCCGGCACAGCUCAGCUCCUUUGGCAAUGAUGCAGCUGUGGUUUGUAGGAUUUGCUGGGGCAGUGCCGCAGGGAAGGGGCAGAGGAGCACAGCCCUGAGCUCACCUCCAGCCCCCACCUGGGAACAUUCAGUUCCCACCCAGAUUUGUUAUGGAAAACCGCCGCAUUUCUCUGUAGCUCUGUCCUUGGGCCUUAAUCUCAAAUCCGUUAUCAGUGCCGCGAUCGGGCACUGGCAGCCGCUGAUGCUGAUAACAGCAGUUUUGAUACCCCCUCCAGCUAUUUUUCCCCCUGACCAGCUUGGGGUGGUUCCAGCCACUCUGAUACCCCCAGGCGCUGUGGGGCCGUGCUUGGUUCUGUCGGGUAUAAAUCCCGACCCCAGCACUACAAAGUGGGACCCGUGCAGCCACCAUGGCUGAGCUGCCAUGCGCUGAGCCCCUGCCACGCUGCAGCGGCCGCUUCACCAUCAGCACACUGCUGGGUGCUGAGGAGGCGGCGGGCUGUGAGGGCGCACAGCUCUCGGGCAGCUCGCUCUGCACCAGGACCUUUGGCUACAACACGGUGGAUGUGGUGCCCGCCUACGAGCACUACGCCAACAGCAGGGGGGUGGGUGAGGCCGGACGGGGAAGACCAUCGCUGGCAGACCUCCACUCCAUCCUCAAGCCUGAACCCGGCCGCCUCCGUGUGCCACUGCCUGACCCCCAGCGCAGCAAUGGCCUCCCCGACACCGAGGAGGGGGCUGGCGAGCCGAGCAGUGCCCCUGCACCAGAGCCUGUCCGCUUCGGGUGGGUGAAGGGUGUGAUGAUCCGCUGCAUGCUGAACAUCUGGGGUGUGAUCCUCUACCUGCGCCUGCCCUGGAUCACAGCCCAGGCAGGAAUCGCCCUGACGUGGCUCAUCAUCCUGAUGUCUGUGACCGUGACCACCAUCACCGGCCUGUCCAUCUCUGCCAUUUCUACCAACGGCAAAGUGAAGUCAGGGGGCACCUACUUCCUCAUUUCGAGGAGUCUGGGACCGGAGCUGGGCGGCUCCAUCGGCCUCAUCUUCGCCUUUGCCAAUGCAGUGGCCGUGGCCAUGCACACGGUGGGCUUUGCUGAAACAGUGCGGGAUCUGCUGCAGGAGCACAACUCCCUAAUCGUGGACCCCACCAACGACAUCCGCAUCAUCGGGGUGCUCACUGUCACCGUGCUGCUGGGCAUCUCGCUGGCUGGCAUGGAGUGGGAGGCGAAGGCCCAGAUCCUGUUCUUUUUGGUCAUCUUGGUGUCCUUCAUAAACUACCUGGUGGGGACGGUGAUCCCGGCCAGUGCCGAGAAACAAGCAAAGGGCUUCUUCAGCUACAGAGCUGACAUUUUUGCCCAGAACUUCGUGCCUGACUGGCGCGGACCUGAGGGCUCCUUCUUUGGUUUGUUCUCCAUUUUCUUCCCAUCGGCAACCGGUAUCUUGGCCGGAGCCAAUAUCUCUGGUGACCUGAAGGACCCUGCCGUGGCCAUCCCCAAGGGCACCUUGAUGGCCAUCUUCUGGACCACGGUGUCCUACCUGGUGCUGUCAGCUACGAUAGGUGCCUGCGUGCUUCGGGACGCCUCGGGCAGCCUGAAUGACAGCGUGGCAGUGGGCUCACCGGGCUGUGAGGGACUGGGCUGCAGCUAUGGCUGGAACUUCACUGACUGCGCCCAGCGGCAGAGCUGCCGAUACGGCCUCAGCAACUACUAUCAGAGCAUGAGCAUGGUGUCGGGAUUCGGUCCCCUUAUCACAGCUGGGAUCUUUGGUGCCACCCUCUCCUCAGCGCUGGCCUGCCUCGUCUCGGCUCCCAAGGUCUUCCAGUGCCUCUGCAAGGACCAGCUCUACCCUCUCAUAGGCUUCUUUGGGAAGGGCUAUGGGAAGAACAGCGAGCCUAUCCGUGGCUACAUGCUCACCUACGUGAUCGCCAUUGGCUUCAUCCUCAUCGCCGAGCUCAAUGCCAUCGCCCCCAUCAUCUCCAACUUCUUCCUCUGCUCCUAUGCGCUCAUCAACUUCAGCUGCUUCCAUGCUUCCAUCACCAACUCCCCAGGCUGGCGACCCUCCUUUCGGUAUUACAGCAAGUGGGCUGCGCUUUUUGGUGCCGCAAUCUCAGUGGUCAUCAUGUUCCUGCUGACCUGGUGGGCGGCCCUCAUCGCCCUCGGCAUCGUCGUCUUCCUCCUGGGCUAUGUCCUCUACAAGAAACCAGAUGUCAACUGGGGCUCCUCCAUGCAGGCCAGCUCCUACAACCUGGCGCUGAGCUACUCGGUAGGGCUCAGCGAGGUGGACGAGCACAUCAAGAACUACAGGCCGCAGUGCCUGGUCCUGACCGGGCCGCCCAACUUCCGCCCAGCGCUGGUGGAUUUCGUGGGCACCUUCACCAAGAACCUCAGCCUGAUGAUCUGCGGCAAUGUGCUGAUUGGCCCCUGCAAGCAGAAGGUGCCCGAGGCCCGGCAGGCAUCGGAUGGCCACACCAGGUGGCUCCUCAAGAGGAAGAUCAAGGCCUUCUACACCAACGUGCUCGCUGAAGACCUGAGGAGCGGCGUCCAGAUGCUGCUGCAGGCCGCCGGCCUGGGGAAGAUGAGACCCAACAUUGUCGCGCUGGGCUACAAGAGGGACUGGCAGGCAGCUGCACCACAGAGCCUGGAGGAUUACGUGGGCAUCCUGCACGAUGCCUUUGAUUUCAAGCACGGCGUGUGCCUGCUGCGGCUGCGGGAAGGGCUGAAUGUUUCCCGAGUUCCACAAGCCCACACUAAUCCUGCAUUUGGGGCAGCAGAGCAUCCUGAUGGGAACGGCACUGGUGGCAGAGCAGUGCCCAGCACAGGCAUUGGUCAGCGCUCAUCAGGAAUGUCCAGAGCCUCCUGCAGCCUCGGGAUCCACUCUGGGGAGCUGGUAGACCCCGAGCAGCAGGCGAGCACCAUCUUCCAGAGCCAGCAGGGCAAGAAAACCAUUGACAUUUACUGGCUCUUUGAUGAUGGAGGGCUCACACUGCUUAUCCCCUACCUCCUCGGACGCAAGAAGCGAUGGGGAAAAUGCAAGAUCCGAGUGUUUGUCGGCGGGCAGAUCAACAGGAUGGAUGAGGAGAGGAAGGCGAUCGUGUCCCUGCUGAGCAAAUUCCGCCUGGGCUUCCACGAGGUCCACGUCCUGCCUGACAUCAACCAGCAGCCCCGGCCGGAGCACAUCAGGAGGUUCGAAGAGCUGAUCGCACCCUUCAGGCUGAACGACGGCUUCAAGGACGAGGCGGCGGUGAACGAGCUGCGGCACGGCUGUCCCUGGAAGAUCUCCGAUGAGGAGGUGCACAGACACAGAGCCAAGUCGCUCCGACAAGUGAGGCUCAAUGAGAUUCUGCUGGAUUACUCGCGGGAUGCGGCGCUCAUCGCCAUCACGCUGCCCAUCGGCAGGAAGGGGCGCUGCCCCAGCUCCCUCUACAUGGCCUGGCUUGAGACGCUCUCGCAGGACCUCAGACCGCCGGUCAUCCUGAUCAGAGGGAACCAGGAGAACGUUCUGACCUUUUACUGCCAAUAAAGCCUCCCGCACCCCUGCCACGUGAUUUUUUUCAGUCUGCAUUUCAGCAAUUCAAGGGGUCUGGGGCAGUACCAAAUGUGUGGGGUUCACAGCAAUGCCCAAAGCACGCAGCUGCUGUGCUGUUAGAAAAGCUUGUUUGGCUGAUUUUGGUCCUGGGAGGUUAUUACAGAUACAGUGCUGCGCCAGUGCUGCCUGUACGGCCAGCUGGGUUUGCUGGAGCUGUGCAGGUGUGGUACGGGCUCCCAGGCUGAAUGUGCCCCAUCCUCAGGGUGCCCAGGGGACAGCCUUGGGCAAUGCCAUAUUCCCCAACCAAGAACCAGCCCACGGGGCUGCAAGGAGGCUGUGGGGCUCCAGGAAGGCAAAACCUGCCCCACACAU